AUUCUGAUAUAUCUUUUAGCAUUGCAUGAUCUAGACUACAUCCGGCGUCGCAACCUGUGUCCUAUCUCUACUUGGCCGAUCGUAUUACGAUGCAGGUCUUUCGAGAAGAAAAAAGGCCGUAACGCCAAUAGAAGAUAUAUUACAUCGAAUAGACUCAAUGGAUGCGUCACUGAACUUUUGCCCAUAAAAUCCUCACACAGUACUGGACUUCAAUCUUUAUUAGCACUAUGUGCAGACUAAGAUUCACCCACGUGCUCUCCAUCGGUUGGGUUUUCGGCACCCUCCAUCUCGGGCUGCAGCGCAUCUCCCCGCCCUGUACAAUGUUUGUCGAUUUGAGUUCGACAUAUAUGAGCCCCCCAGGCAUGCGAGGGAGAAAAAUGACAUCUCCAUGUACGCGUGAAACUGCCACACAGCACGUGCAUUUUCACACCGAACAGAUGGAGAGCUCUAGGACGGAAUGCUUCGGCUAUUAGAUGUGCCCUUGAGCUGCUGCUUCGACUCGAUGUCGCUGCUAUGGCUCGAUCUCGAGGUUUUGGAGGAACAUGAGGACACAUGUCUCGUUGAUGAAUAUGAACACGAGCAACAUGACUGUUGCCUGAUGAGCUUGAACCCAAAGCAUAGGCAGUACUGAACGGAGACAAUACAGUAGAGACCGUAGAUGGAGUAAGCUAGUCGUUGUCUCGCUUCUGACAUGGAUAAUUGUAACGGUUCUCUGGGGUAAAAGAGCGAGCUGUCCACUACAAGAUUCCUUGUUAUACUCGUCUUGGAUAGCAU